CAUCCCCUUAUUUCACACUGCCUUGGAGUAAUUACCUUUUUUCUGGUAAAGUUUGUGGGUUUGCAAAAAGUGAAAGGCUUGAGGCUGGGAGUGCAGAAGAGUCUUGUUCUCCCACAAAAAGAACCGGAAACAUCCACCCUCUUUUGAGAAAGCUUUAAAAGGGGGUUCAUUGUAAGAGUUUUAUUAGUCCUGAUACUAAGAGAGGAUUGAGCUACGAUGUCUCUGAGAGGAGAGGUGUGUGUGGUGACGGGAGCCGGAGGGUUUCUGGGGAAGAGGCUGGUGAGGCUGCUGCUGGAGGAGGAGAAACUGGCUGAGAUCCGACUGCUGGAUAAACUCAUACAUCCACAGCUUCUACAGACUCUGGAGGACUGCAGAGGUGACACAACGCUGAGUGUUUGUGAGGGAGACAUCAGAGAUGCUGAUUUCCUGAGAAAAAGCUGUCGAGGUGCAUCGAUCGUCUUCCACAUCGCAUCCAUUAUUGAUGUAAACGACUCGGUGGAGUACCGUGAGAUAUACGGGGUCAAUGUCAAAGGAACACAGCUGCUCCUGGAAGCCUGUAUUCAGGAGAACGUGGUGUCCUUCAUCUACACGAGCACCAUCGAGGUGAUGGGACCAAACUCUAAAGGUGACCCAAUAAUCAACGGCAGCGAGGACAUGAAGUACCAGUGCACUCUGAAGUUCGCCUACAGCAGGACCAAACAGGAGGCCGAGCAGCGGACCCUGCAGGCCAACGGAGAGGUGCUCCACAACGGGGGCCGCCUGGCCACCUGCGCCCUCAGACCCAUGUAUAUCUACGGGGAGGGCUGCCGCUUCCUGCUGGGCCACAUGGGGGACGGGAUAAAGAAUAAAAACAUUCUUUACCGCAUGUCUAAACCGGAAGCUAAGGUCAAUCCGGUGUAUGUCGGCAACGUGGCCAUGGCCCACCUCCAAGCGGCCCGCAGCCUCAAAGAUCCACAAAAGAGAAACGCUAUCGGAGGAAAGUUUUACUUCAUUUCCGACGAUACACCACACGUGAGUUAUUCUGACUUUAACCACGUCGUGAUGUCGCCUCUGGGUUUCCACAUCCAGGAGAAGCUCAUGUACCCGCUGUACCUCCUCUACCUGGUCUGCUUCAUGAUGAAGAUGCUGUGCAUGAUGGUCCGCCCCGUCGUACGCAUCGUCCCGCCACUGAACCGCCAGCUGGUCACCAUGUUGAACACGCCAUUCAGCUUCUCCUACCAGAAGGCCAAGAAUGACCUGGGAUAUUCCCCCAGGUUCACGUGGGAGGAGGCCCGCGAACGCACCGUCGAGUGGCUCGCCUCAGAGCUGCCCAAAGAGAGGCAGAGAAUAAGAGCAAAAUAAUUCAGGAAAAAGAAGUUUGGUUUAUGUCUUUUUUAAGCAUGAAAAACAGGUGGGAUCACAUCCUCUGAUUGUCCCUUGUUUGAAUUAUUGCUCAGUUUUGGGGGAAUAUUCACAAUUUACUGCAAAAUAAACCUGGCUAAGAAUCUAACAACUUAAAUGAAAGUUUAUUUAAAGACGCAUUUCUAAAAGUUUAAAGUAAAUACACAUUAAAAACAUGGUGAUCAUCACUGUUAAUGUUUCUUUGAAGGCACUAUUUACUGUUUAAUGUUGUCAUUGUAUCCUUCUUAUUAUCCUAAUAAGUUUAAGAUUGUUUUUUGGUAUUACAGCUAUAAGUCACAAAAGUCUUCGCCUCAGAUCUCACGUAUGGGUUUUAAUUGAGGAUCACUUACAUUCUCUCUUUGGCUCUUCAGUUAUUCUCGCUCAACAUAUUAUAAAGAUUUAACAGAAAGGAAAGCAACAUAAACUGAAUAUCUACAUUUCCAGAAGCUUGUAAAGAGUACCAUGCAUUGUAAUUAAGCUCUAAUUAAAAAAAAAGGGGGAAAUAAAGACAGAAUAUUGGAAAA